AUGUCGGACAGGCAGGCGGCUGAGGGGCCGGCUUUCUGGAGCCCGGCUGGUCGCGGGUCGGCGGGCGGCGUCGGGGACCGACGGGGAGUGGAGGGGAGCCAGGCGGCCUCUUCAGAGAAAGAAGAUCUGGAAAACACUAAGGUCAACUCUCCACUGGCUUCUGCCUCUGAUCCAGAGCUCCAGUCCUCACCCUACAGGCCACAGAUGGUAUCUCCAGUGAGUAAGGAUACCACGGAAGAUCUACAGAAAGCGGCUGGUGCUUCAGAGGUUCGGGCUGCGGGGGAGCAGGAGUCGCUGCCAGCAGGCCAGGCUCAGGUACACAGUGAGAUGGCCAAGUACCAAGCUCCACAGCGACCCGGAGACAUGGUCAUGAUCCAGUCUGAGCACACUGGAGCUGUGGAUGUCCUUUCAGCGGAUUUGGAAUCUGCAGAUCUUCUGGGGGACCACAGGAAAGUUGCUCCACCUCUCAUGGCCCCUCCGUGCAUCUGGACCUUUGCCAAAGUGAAGGAAUUCAAAAGCAAGCUGGGCAAAGAGAAGAACAGCCGUCUGGUGGUGAAGCGGGGAGAAGUGGUCACCAUCCGGGUCCCUACCCAUCCCGAGGGAAAGCGGGUCUGCUGGGAGUUCGCCACUGAUGACUAUGAUAUUGGCUUUGGAGUUUAUUUUGACUGGACCCCGGUCACCAGCACUGAUAUAACCGUGCAGGUCAGUGAUUCGAGCGAGGAUGAGGACGAAGAAGAGGAAGAGGAGGAAGAGCUCGAAGAACCCGUCCCUGUAGGAGACGUGGAGAGAGGCUCCAGGAGUUCCCUCCGGGUUCGCUACGGGGAGGUCAUGCCCGUGUACCGGAGGGACAGCCACCGAGAUGUGCAAGCCGGCAGCCAUGACUACCCCGGCGAGGGCAUCUACCUGCUCAAGUUCGACAACUCCUACUCUCUGCUGCGCAACAAGACUCUCUACUUCCACGUCUACUACACCAGCUGAAGGAUGCGAAGGAUGCGAGGCUGGGCCAGGCUGUGUUGGCUGGCUGAAGCAGGCUGCCAGCUGGCGCCUCUUGUCCAUCAGCGAGAGCCUCAAGUUCCGUGCGAGGCUCCUAAGCCUCGUGCCCUGCCUGGCAUGCCUGACCAUUGACCCCACGUAGCUUUUCCCCCUUUCUUGGCUUCUGCAGGUGGUGGUGUCGUCGCGCUUCUGUUCUGUGGUUCCUGACUCACACUCCUGUUUCAGACUCCAGCAAAAACCCUCUCAGGAGGCCCCUGUGAGGCAAACGCCUACAGUGAAGUCGAAGGGUGUCUUUGAAUAAUUGAUUCACACUGGUAAAGCUCAUCAUCCAGGUUGCCGCUCGUUCUUGUACUUAGCAGCGCCGACCCUCUUACAUUUCGAGGUGCCGGAAGAGGGAAAAGCACACUGUCUGUGAAAGAGCCCAGUACUUUGGAUGGAGACCGCUCCGUCCAGCCCUCAGCACUGCCAUAUUCCUGCCUGCUGGGUACUCUUAGUCUCUAGCUCAGGCUGGGAGCCCUCACUGCCUCGGAUGGAUGUGAUUAUUCCUGACGGGUAGACCUUCCUCCUUUCUCUGUGCCGAGUCUCUGUUUCUGCCAUGUAGCAAGAGCUUCCAAGCAACUGCAAGCUGUGAUCAGUGUCCUAGGAUCUACUGUGAGAAGAAAAGUGGCCUCCGUCACUUCCUGUCUCCAGCGCUAUCUCCCUUCCUAAGGGUGCCGGUAGUUGAUGAAGAAAAGGUGGAAAGUAGGCACUGAAUUAGUUCAGAAGCUGCGCUUUUGGAAGUCAAGUACUAGUCGUCGUCCGAGUGCUCCCCUCUUCCCCCUCAACCUCAAUCUUUAGGCUAUGGUGUUAUUUAGAGAAUUUGCUUUGGAACCAAAUACAGUGAAGCCCAAUCAGGUUUGCAGUGAUUCUGGGUUUGUGUUUUCUUUACAGAGGAUGUAAACCUAGGGUGUUCACAGUCCUUAGGGAAAGUAAUCAUGGAGUUUUGCUGCUGACUGUGGGUGCUCCUUACCGGACCAAAGCCUGCAGGGACAGCCUCUCACACUCUGUUCGCCCUGAGGCUCUGGAGCCACAGAAUGCAGUCGUGUUGCUGUGGGUGGCCACAGAGCACCAGGUGCUAAGGCCUCAGGUGGAGAAGGCAAACGAUGAGGCGAUGAGGCGUGGACCUCCGAAGUGAAGUCAUCGGCAACUCUUUGUUUCUUACUCUGGGUUGUCUGUCGUGCUUCUGAAUUUUGAAUAAUUAGGUUUAUUUAUUACUUUAUUUAUGCUUCUUAAAGCACAUUUCAGUUUGCCUGUGAAAGAGUCCUCAUCUGUCUCCCAUGAGGCUCCCCAUCUGCUCUGAGCCAUUAAGGCCACCUCUUUUAUGGCGUGAAAGACGGUUUUGGGGCUUGGAAAAUGAUUGGGUAUGUCGUUCCUACAUGCCAGUCCCGUGAUGCUUUGGGAAGAGUCUGCCCUUUCAGAGAAGGCUGCCUCCAGCCUAGUCCGUGUGUAGGGACAUCUCAGCCCUUCCAGUGAGGAAUGAGUGUGAUGGACGCCCCUGCACUGGAGAUGGACUCCCACCAUUAUCGGAUGUCAAAGUCCUUUUCCUCCUCCGACACUCUCUUCAUGAGGUUUCCUUUGGCACAUUUCUUUAUUGUGUGGUUGCCUCGCACCAAGCCCCUGUCCCCCGGGAGUGAUCACCCCACAGUGAUCUUGCCAGCAGUGUCUUGCCAGUAGGUCUGUGGUCAGGAACAAAGGGAAUGCAUCCUGCACCUCUGUUAACCUGAAAGCCAAGUGCAGGAUGAUGAUGGACUGCCAUAGCCUCUGGGUCGCCAAUCAGCAUCCGCACCUCCAUUACUUCAUGGUUGCCCAUGUGUUUCCUGGGGGAUGAUACUGGCAAGGAUCCAUCUGUAAGAAAUUAGCCAAGUAUCUGGGCAGUGAAACAAGCUUGCUGGUCAUCAUGGCAUCAGACAGCGGGGUUGAAGUUGAGUCACGCUGUCACUGGUUGAGUGUAAUCUUUGUAGAAAAAACAGUCUUUGGAGUCUUUUCCAGUCUGCGGCCCCCUUACGUUUCCUGUUAUCAACUCCUAGCCUGCUCUCAGAAUGGCGCUAGCAGCCCCGGGAGCGAGGCCCCAGGCCUUCCCACAGUAUUUAGGCUUUGCUCUGUCUAGUCUUUUGGUCAUGGUGGUGUAUUUUCUUGGAGCCCCGGUUCUCUGGUACCAGGGAAGUCCGUGGACUUCUCAUCCCUCUAACGUGCCUGCCACUGGCUGGCCAUUCUGCAACAUUUAUUUCUUACUGGUUUUUCCUCAGCAGGGUUUCUUUGUCUCAUGAAUGUAAAACAGCUAAAAGGAGACAUGUCCACCGUAUGAUGACUCACUAUUCUACACUAAAUUUUUACAAUUAAGAGAACUUGAGAGACAAAGUAUUAUUUCCAGAAGACACAGGUAAUCACGGAGCACACAUACGAGAGAACACACAUACCUCGCAGGUAGUGUCCCUUCCUUGGUCCCUCCUGUUCAACUUGCAACAAGCAAACAAUGAAAUAACUUGUCUGCUUUUAUCCUGCCCUGCUCUCUAGAGCAGGAGGAAGUACUAUGCAGCUGAAAGAAAGGAUUUGGUAAGAAGGCAGAUUGAGAGUCUUUACACAAAGUGGCUGUGGUUCUUAAAUUUCUUCAAUGUGUCUAAUUUUGCUACUUUGUUAAGAAACAGGACUUUAAAAAAAAAAAAAGACAUGCCCUAAAGUGCUAUUUUUUCCAACGUCUUAUGAAAAGUUUCAGCAAACAAAAACGCAUACACUUACAUCCCACAUAUAUUUUUAAAUUACAAACUGCCGGUUUUUAAACAAAGAUUGUUCUUUUAGUUCCCUCUGACAAGUAUCCAGGGAGAGGACGUUCCCUUCACAGUGAGUCAGCUCUGGCAGAGCCUCUGUUCAGGCAGAUCUUUCCUGCAACGUGGGCUGCCACAAGGAUGGCCGUUGGCCUCCGUCUUUUGGAAAGCUAGCUGUAUGUCCCUUGCUUCCGACUGUAACCUCAGUGAUUUUCCUCCCUAACUGCAUGUCGCUGUGAAGGUGACUGUAGCUGCAUCCAAGGCUUUUCCUUCUCAUCCCUUGCUCUCUUGACAUUUCCUCAGGACGCUCACAUGCAAAUGCACUCUUCAGGGACCACGUGGAAAUAGGUAGCAGCUUGAAAGUAGACUAUUCUUAGUUUUCUUAUGGAUGGAUCAAUGCACUUUAAAAAAUAUUUUAUUUGGUAUCUAAGAAAAAUGGACUUUGAAAGAAGUGUAUAUUGUCUGUCCCAUUAUAUGAACACAGACAAGUUAAUCUGUAACUGUUUUAUAUUCAUGGAAUUAGAUAUUGUUGUGGACUUUAUAAUAUAUACAUUUUGAUUUUGAUGAGUCCUACUCAGUUCCUUCUGUGAGAGAAUUGGGCAAAAUCCCAACCCUAAAGUUUAUGAUUGUAUAUUUAUGUUUAAGGAGCACUCUGCAAAAACGUUGCCUUUGACGUCAGAGUCCGUGGUUCUAAGGUGUGGAAUUGAGUGACCCUAUUAUUUACGUAGAAGACUUUUUUAGUAGAUAAGGGUGGGGCACGAAUUCAGCAGCUUUGUGCUGCUUCAGAACUGCCUCUUAAAUGGACAGCAGAGGGUGAAAACGGGGUAGACCAGAAGAGAGGAGAGCGAACACGCUGUCAGUUAUGUCCCAGAAUUCAUUUAGUGCUUUGGUGGCGCUUUGCUCCCUGGAACUGUUUUGUAAGCCAGAAGCCUUACUGGUUCUCCUUGUGCUCAGUGGAGAAUCCUCCAGCCCACUUUGCCAUCCGGCAGCAGAGUCGGCCAGAUGCAUUUUUGAGUAGGUCUCCUCUGCUAAAUGUAACCAUGACCUGAGGAUUGACUUCCUGUCUCCAUCCUUUGGGGUUUAAGUAAGAGAUAACAGGAUGAGAGAAGGCCAAGAGUCAGUUCCACUUGUGGUGCCGAAGCACGUGUUGUGAAUGUGUCCCUGCAGGCAUAAUUCAGAUGCAUUUUGUCCACCACCACAAAACCGACAGCCAUGUGAGUGCCGGGGUAGUAAGCCGGCCUCCUGCAGGCUGACAGCAGCACCACCUUAAUCACACAGAGCAAACCACACACAGUUUUCUCUAUUAGAGCUUCUCUUUGGCGUUUCUCCUGAUGCUAAGCAUCCACACUGACCCCUGUCCCUAGUCUUUUCCAUAUGACACCUACACCCUGGGAACAGGGCAGCACGGGUCCCUUCAGAGUCUCACUGUUUGAAAAGGUGAACGUCCAUCUGAAGAAGGGACUUGGUGUCAUUGCUGCUCUGCGGGACGUCGUUAAGGGUUGUGUUCUGUAACAAGCAAGUCACUGUAUUCAUUGUGUGCAUGUGCUCAGGGACCUAUCACACUCCUUCAGGGAGUAGAAAAUGAGUAUCAAAACCCAGUCGUAAGCUGGGUGUCUGAUCUCCAGUGACCCAAGCAAGCACUCUGUUCCUGGUGGUGUUUGCAGGGACAGUGAAGCAAGAACUUCCUGGGUCUGUAUGUAUCUGAUGCUGGUGGGCGACAGCCUUUUGCUUUGUAUAACUCAUGUAGCACCCGCGGACAUUCCCAAAGAACAUCCAGUUUUCUAAGGUGAAUUGUGAUCCAAAAUGUAGGGAAACAUUGUAAGUAUUGUGCGGCCAGAUUGCAGUCACUGUUCCCUCUAGAUGGAGUAUUGCUUUCUUGGACCAAGAAGGCUCACCAGAGCCUCUGUUUGAACCACAGUCUCAAAGCUAAGAAAAGACCGUCAAUGAUAUAAAGCCCGACAGGAUAUUGAUAAUUUGGCUCCCUUACAAAUAGUCAUUCCUCACGAACAAAGUAUAGACAGGACACUGGCUGUGAAAUUGUAGGGCUGGUCCCUGGUUUGAAUCCAGGAUCUGAUUUUAGCAGGUGGAACACAGACAGCAAUUCAUUCUAGGAUACACUAAAAUGGUGCCCCGGAGACCUAGAAAUGCAUGCUGCUUUAUGAAAUUUCAGUUUCCUGUCAUUUUAAUUAGGUAGCUUUUUGAUUUAUCUAGGGGUAAAAUUGUGUAUUUGAAAUGACUUAUGGGAACAGAGUUUAUUUUCUAAAGUUCUGACAGGAUUAUGAAAGAUUCUGAAGUUUGGAGUUGCAAUGAUGUAUAGUAUUACUGAAGAGCCCUUAAUUCACUCUCAGCUGAAGGGGGUCCUCCUAAACUCUUCAUCACUCAGGGUUGAAAUGCCUCGUCUGUAAUGUCUCCUUGCUAUUGUCAUUGCUCAUUCUUAGGUUCAGGCCAGGACUCAUCUAGAAAACAUUAUCUUAAUUUCUUCUCUCAUAUCCUAAGUAGUACAUUUUAUUAAGACGUUUUAUGAUAAAAAUACAUCUUGUGUCCGGUUCUGAGGUAAUUGUCCCCUAAGUGCAUUAGCUUUCAUUUAAUCAGUCUGACUUAUUUCCACUUAGACAUGUUAAAGAACAAGCCAGUCUGGAAAAAGCAAUCCCGUGAUGCAUGACUUUGGUAUAUCUGGGUUCCCUUAAUAAUGGGAAGUGUUUUGAAACUCACAGAAGAAAUGUUUGAUGCUUUGUAAUAAAACGCCACUUGUAAAUGCUUUGUAACAAAGUGAUAGAUUCUAGAGAGCAGAGUGGAUAAGCAAAAUGGGAAGGCAGAGAGAUGCCUGGAGAUUUCCUGACCACGAUGCCAUUUGCUUAUUCAUCCAAAGGGCUACUUGGGAGCCAUCAUCAUCAUCCAGAGGUCCAUCGGUGAUUUAAAGGUGUUUGUGUUUUCUUUCCUUACUGCUGUGUAUCAUAUGCUGCUGCCAUGGUUACCAAAGGCCUGGGAGGGAAACUAUAUCACAGUCUUGUCUUUUUUCUUCGAAAUACAAACAAAUCCAAACCAAUCAGCUAUUAGAGUCAACUUGUUUUACAAGUCACCCUGUCAUGAGAAAUGCUGUUAACAUGUAUGAUUUCCACAUUAGGAACUCUGUACCAGUUGUUACUUAGUUCUUCUGUUCUCCUUUCGUCAUACUGUAUAUUUGCACCUCAUGGCACUGAAUGUGUUGCUGUGAUACACGGAUAGAUGCUGAGCCAUGGUUAAACAGCUGAGUUCUGGUGUUUUUAUAGUAUGUGACAGUUUUGUGAAAUGCUUUUGUGCAUUUUUUGUCUUCUUUUCCAAGUUUUGAAAUCUGUCAUAAAUAAACUUUUUCACUGUGCACCUAAAA